AUGAAUGCCAUUGUCGUCGAGAAAUACGGAGGAGUUGAAAAUCUCGUGCACAAGCGAGUGCCCAAACCCACAGAAUUGAACGACUAUGAUGUACUCGUGAACGUGAAAGCUGCUAGUGUCAAUCCAAUCGACAUGAAGGUAAGAGCAGGAGUUUACGAUGACUACGCCGACUACUACGACCAUGUUCCUAAGCCAAAACCAGGCGAAGGCGGCUAUCAAAUCAUCGGAUUCGAUGGAGCUGGUGUGAUCGAACAGGUCGGCCCAAAAGUCAAAAACUUUUCCACUGGCGACGCGAUUUACUAUUCAGGCUCACCCAUACGACAAGGCUCAAAUGCAGAGUUCCAGCUGGUUGACUCUCGAUCCGUUGCCAUGAAACCAAAGAACCUCAGCUUUAUCGAGGCUGCAGCAUUGCCCCUGACUUGGAUUACCGCAUACGAAGCUCUUGUCGAACGGAUGGAGAUCAAAAGGGGUGAAAAAGCUGGUCUCCUGAUUAUUAAUGGUUCUGGAGGUGUUGGGUCAGUCGCAAGUCAGAUUGCUAGAACGGUCCUUGAUUUGCCUGUAGUUGUUACCACGACGUCGCGACCCGAAACCACCGAAUUUUCAAGAUCCAUGGGAGCUACGCACACGGUAAAUCAUCGUGAAGAUCUGCCACCACAGAUCGAGAAUUUGGGGCUGGAUGUACCAAUCAAGUACAUUUUCAUCACCCACUCGACAACUCCUUAUAUCGAGCCGGCGGCCAAGAUCUGUGCUCCAUUCGGCAAAGUCUGCUCGAUUGUUCAAGCCAAGGACAUCCAGAUGUACGGCACGGAGUUCAUGGCCAAGUCUUUAAGUUUUAUUUGGGAGCUGUUGGGCACGAAGCCCUGGUAUGGAGUCGACAUGGAUUCCCACGGUAAAAUACUGGAAGAGCUUAGGCAAUUGGUCGAAGACGGCAAGGUCAAGACUCACCUGCAGCAGAGCUUCAGACUGGAUCUGGAGGGGUUGAGGAAGGCGCAUGAAGCUAUUGAGAGCGGAGGUUCCAUGGGCAAGAAUGGACUGAGUGUCGAUUUCGGUGAAGGAGCCACCACAUUUGCAUAG